AUGGAACGUAAACUUUUCUUUGGAGUAGAGCAACAGUUGGAAAAUAAACAAUUUAAUUACCCAACAAACUUUAUACAAACAAGCAGGUAUCCAAUCUAUCUUAAAUGAGGUAUAAUCUAAUUACUUUCCUUCCAUAUUCAUUAGCAUUGCAAUUCUAGAGAAUGGCAAACAUUUAUUUUCUUAUCAUUGCAAUAUUGUCCUUUUUUAAAUCCAUCUCUCCCUUUAGUCCAAUAAAUUCUAUUGCACCUUUACUCUUUGUUGUAUCUUUGUCUAUGCUAAGAGAUGGAUAUGAAGAUUAUUAAAAACAUCUUAGUGAUAAUGAAUUAAAUUCAUCUCCAACUACAAUAUGGACUAAUGGAGGUUUUGUUAAAAAAACAUGGAAAGAUGUAUUAAUAGGAGACAUAAUAAAAAUUGAUGAAUUAGAAAUAAUUUCAGCUGAUUUAGUUGUUUUAUAAACAUCAUAAGAUGGGAUCUGCUUUAUUGAAACAUCAUCUUUAGAUGGGGAAAAGAAUUUGAAACCAAAAUAAGCAGUUAAAGAAACUUAAACUAUAGAAUGUAGACAAGGAAUAAUAGAAUGUAUAAACCCAAACUAAUUACUUUAUAAUUUUGAUGGAACAUUAUUUUUGGAGAGUAAGAAGAUUCAAUUAACUCAUAAGAAUUUCUUAUUAAGAGGAUCAAAAUUGAAAAAUGUAAAAUGGGUUAUAGGUGUUGUUGUUUAUACAGGAAUAGAUACAAAAGUAAUGAGAAAUUCAGAAGAACAAAAAAAUAAAAUGAGCAAUAUAGAUAAAUUGAUUAAUGUCAGAAUUAUUUACAUCUUAAUUAUGCAAGCAUUUAUUUGUUUAAUAUUAGCAAUAAUAUAUGGAAUUAAUUGUGACAUUAAUAAAAUCAAUUUUGAUUAUUUUAGUAGAAAUUUUUCUGGUUAUGAAUCUUAUAAUGGGGAUGAUAAAAUAUAUAAUCCAGACAUUCCAAAUUGUGCUCUGGCUUCAUUAAUGACUUUUGCUGCCUAUUUUCUACUUUUAAAUACUCUAAUACCUAUAAGUUUAAUAGUAUCUUUGGAAUUUGUCAAAGUAGGUUAAGGAAUAUUUAUGUAAAAAGAUAAGGAAAUGUAUACUGCUGAAAAUGAUAAAUAUGUUAAAGUGUUUAGUACAACUAUUAAUGAAGAAUUAGGAUAAGUUCAAUAUGUAUUUUCUGAUAAAACAGGAACAUUAACUUGUAAUAAAAUGGAAUUUAAAAUAUCUGUUUGUGGAAAUGAAAUCUAUGGAGAUGUAUCAAUGUUUGAUAAACAUGAAAUGAGUACAUUUGUUGGUAAUUAGAUAUUAAGAAGACAAAGUACUUUACAUUAAAGAAGAUCUACAGUUGUUAAUGAAAAAGCAGGCAUUGAAUAUACAUUCUCUGGUGCAGUCAUUUAAUCUAUUAUUACUGAAACUGAUCCUAUUAAGAAUCCUAAUAUAGAUCUUAAUGUAGAUACAUAUAUAAUCAGAAAUUAAGGAGAUUUAGUAAAAGAAAAUCUAAUGUUGUUAGCCACUUGUCAUGAAUGUGUUCUUGAAUUAUAAGAUGAUGGCACAUUCAAUUAUUAAGGACCUUCUCCAGAUGAAAUAGCAUUAGUAGAUGCAGCUAGAAGAUUAAAUAUUAUCUAUAAAGGAAUUACCAUGGGAAUGAUGGAAAUAGAUGUUCUUGGAGUUAAAGAAAAAGUUGAACUCUUAUUUUCUUUUGAAUUUAAUAGUGAUAGAAAGAGAAUGUCUGUAAUUAUUAAACAUAAGGGUGUGAUUAAAUUAUAUACCAAAGGAGCUGAUGCAAUCAUCAAAGAAAGAUUGGCUCCAAAUUAACCAUUUCUAGCUGGUAUUGAUAAAAAAUUGGAUAUGUUCUCAAGGAAAGGAUUGAGAACUUUAUGUUUAGCUAUGAGGGUUCUUGAUGAAAGAUAAUUUAAUUAAUUUUCAUAAGCUAUGAAUGAUACUCUAGGUGGUAAUGAUACUGAAAAAUAAUAAACUGAAUUAAUUAAUCAAAUUGAAAGGAAUUUAACACUUAUAGGAGCUACAGCUGUAGAAGAUAAAUUAUAAGAAGAUGUUCCAGAAACAUUAGCUGAUUUUCUUAAAGCAAAUAUAAAUGUAUGGAUGUUGACAGGAGAUAAAUUAGAAACUGCUGAAAAUAUUGGUAGAUCUUGUAAUUUGUUAUAAGAAUAAAUGGAUGUUUUCUUUUUAACUCCUGGUUGUGAUAUACUCUCUAUAUUUAAUUAAAUUGCAGAUCAUGUUAUAUAGAAACCUGAUACAAAGAGAGCUAUGAUUAUAGAAGGUAUUGUUUUGGCUGAAUUAAGUGAGAAUGAUAAUCUAACUAAAUAUUUAAUCUUACUAGCUCCUCAUCUACAUACUGUUAUUUGUUGUCGUGUUACACCAAAAUAAAAAGCUGACAUGGUUAGAUUAGUGAAAAAUGAAUUAGGAAAGAUUACUCUAGCUGUUGGUGAUGGUGCUAAUGAUGUUAAUAUGAUCUAAGAGGCACAUAUUGGUAUUGGAAUAUAUGGACAAGAAGGUAUGAGAGCUGUUUAAGCCAGUAAUUAUGCUAUUGGUUAAUUUAAAUGUCUUUGGAAAUUAGUUUUAUAUCAUGGAAGAUAAAAUUAUAUUCGUAUUUCUGAAAUGAUUUUAUACUUCUUUUACAAAAAUAUCAUUUUUACUAUCCCUCAAUUCUAUUUUGCCUUCUUUUGUGGAUUAACUGGAACUAGUGUUUUUGAUGAAUUGUAAUAUAUUUUAAUCAUUUAAUUUAGCUUUGUCUCAUUUUACAAUACAGUAUUUACAUUCUUACCUGUAGUCAUAAGAGCCAUUUUUGAUGAAGAUGUUUUCUAUACACAAUAAAGAAAACAAACAAUAUUAGGAAGUAAAAGAAUAACUGAAGGAGAAGAAGAAAAUGAUAUACUUAGAUAAAGUUAUCCAUUACUUUAUUAUAUUGGAUAAAAAAAUACUAUUUUUACAAGUGAAAAGUAUAUAAAUUUUAAUAUUUUUAGAUUUUUUAAAUGGUUUUCAAUUGGAAUUUUUUAAGGAUUAGCAUGUUUCUUUUCAUUUUACUUUGAAUUAAAUGAUACUACAUUUAUUAAAUAAACUGGAUAUAAUAAUGAUUUAUGGUUCUUUAGUAUGUCUAUGUCUACUGCUAUCAUGAUAGUAAUCAAUUAAAUUUAAUAUUAGCUUGUUACAUUAAAAUUAGCUUUAAAUACUCAAUUUUGGACUAUAAUUACAUGGGUUGCAUAUUUAGGAACCAGUUUAGGUACUUAUUUUGCCUAUAUGUGGGUGUCUAAUAUUAUUCCUAAAUCUGCAAUAUAUGGAACUACUUAGAUGUUAUUUUCAAGUUAUGCCUUUUAUUUAAGUCUUGCAUUGUCUGUAUUAUCAAUGUUUAUUCUUGAUUUAUUGAUGUUUACAAUUAAAGCAUCAAAAGAUACUUUAUUGAACUAUAUGAAAAGAUAGGCCAGAUAAAAAUAAUAAUUAGAUUCAGCUAAAAUAUUAAAAUUAGAAAAAAAACUCAAGGAACAAAUAUCAGAGAUGGAAAUGCCACACUUUGAAUUAAAUUAAAAAAGAAGUUUGAUUAAUUCUAAUCUAUCUCAAAGUUAGAGUGGAUUAAAAUAAGGAUCAAGUAAGGAUAGUUAUUUAUGA